UCUCUCUCUCUCUCUCUCUCUCUCUUGAAUAAAGCUGAUACGAACAACUACGCCCACUUCAGCUUCUGUACUGAAUCAAACCAUUUUGAUGGUUUCGGAGCUUCAUCUGUAAGAUAAAGAUAUAAUCACUAAAACCCACCAUACACCAUAUGUUAGACACCAACCACCCCCACCAUCACCUCACUGUUGCAACUGGUCCUUCGUCAUCUGAUCCUUUCCCUUCUCCUGAUCAUGGUCUGUCCAGCAAAAGAAAACGACGUCCAGCUGGUACUCCAGAUCCAGAUGCCGAGGUUGUGUCGUUGUCCCCCAAGACCUUGCUGGAGUCAGACCGGUACGUUUGUGAGAUCUGUAACCAAGGGUUUCAAAGGGAUCAGAAUCUGCAGAUGCACAGGAGGCGGCACAAGGUGCCAUGGAAGUUGUUGAAGAGGGACUCUCCAGAAGUGAAGAAGAGGGUUUUCGUGUGCCCAGAGCCCAGCUGCUUGCACCAUGAUCCUUGCCACGCCCUUGGUGAUCUAGUCGGAAUCAAGAAACACUUCCGCAGGAAACACAGUAACAAUAAACAGUGGGUUUGUGAGAAGUGCUCAAAGGGUUAUGCUGUUCAAUCUGAUUACAAAGCUCAUCUCAAAACUUGUGGCACUAGAGGCCAUUCUUGUGAUUGUGGUCGAGUUUUUUCCAGAGUUGAGAGUUUCAUCGAACACCAAGACGCUUGCGUGGUUCGGCAUGUUCACCCGGAUUUGCCAGCGUUCAGGCGGACAUGCUCGCCUCCUACCGCAUCAAGUAAUAGUCUUUCAAGCGAAACAAAUUUUAAUGCCACCCGAGCGUUUCCAAGAAUCCAACAAAUUCAACCUCAUCCGGAGCUUCUACAUUUACAAGCUCAAGAAGACACACACAACAAUUUAGAACUUCAGCUCUUACCACCAUCCUCAUCAUCAUUAUUUGAAGAAAACAACAAUAAUCAAACCCAUUUGAAGCUCUCGAUUGGGAGCAGAAUUAGCUUCCGUAACGAAGAAGAAAAACUGAAGAUGGCUAUGGCUGAAAUGGCAUUUGCAGAAGAGUCUAGGCAAAAAGCAAAGAGACAGAUUGAAAUGGCAGAGUUGGAAUUUGCAAAGGCCAAAAGAAUCAGACAACAAGCUCAAGUUGAGUUGGAAAGGGCUAAACUUCAGCAAGAACAAGUUACAAAGAAAGUCAAUUCAGCCAUUUUAGAGAUCACUUGUCAUUGUUGUAAGCAACGGUUCCAAGCAGUUAGUAAUAAAGCUUCAACCACCACAGCCGAUGAGACUUCUUCUAUCGGCCUGAGUUACAUGUCCUCAGCAGUAACAGAAGCCGAAGGAGACUAGUAGUAUUUCCAAGCAAACCUCACUUUCUUUUUUUAUCCUUUUUCUGCUAUCUUAAAUGUAUGUGUGUUUAUAUAUGAUUCCAUUCAUGUCUUU